AUGACAGCCAUUGAAGGUAUUUGGGAAAGUAUCAAUUCCUUUGGCUAUGCCGUCCCUAUCUUCAUGAUUCAAAUCAUCUUGAUCAUCACCGUCACUAGAGCUCUCGACUUUCUAUUACAUUUUUUCCAUCAACCCCGCGCCGUAGCUGAGAUCAUUGGCGGCAUAAUUUUGGGGCCCACGUUGCUCGGCCGGGUGGAUUCAUUCCCGGCGAUCUUCUUCCCGAUGAGGAGCCUCUUAACGCUGGAGACGGUGGCUCAGCUCGGCCUCAUAUACUUCCUCUUCCUCGUCGGCGUCGAGACGGACAGCCAGGUGAUACAUCGGUCCGGACAGAAGGCCUUCAUCAUCGGAGCUGCCGGCGCCGUCCUCAGCUUCGGCAUCAGCGCCGCCGCCGGCCUCGCUCUGCGGAACUUCUUAUCGCAAGGCAUGAAACGAAUCUCUUGCGUGCUCUUCAUCGGCGUCUGCAACUCCGCCACCGCCUUCCCCGUCCUCGCCCAAAUCCUCGCCAAGACCAAGCUGCUCAACUCCGAGAUCGGCCGCAUCACCAUCUCCGCCGCCAUGGCCAACAACGCCAUCAUGUGGAUCCUCUUCACCCUCGCGCUCAGCAUCUCGGAGUUCGACCCGCUGUCGUCGCUCUGGAUUACUCUCUCCGGGUUCGCCUUCGUGACUUUCUGCAUCGUUUUUGUCCGGCCAGUGAUGCGCCGGCUGGUGCAGAGGAUCCCCGAAGGCCAACUGGCCAGCGACUUCCACGUCUGCCUCCUCCUCAGCUUCAUGAUGCUCGCCGGAGUGCUGACGGAAGCCAUAGGCAUCUACGCUAUCACCGGCGCGUUCUUGGUCGGCUUCAUGAUUCCCAACGGCCCCGUCAAGGUGGCGGUGAGCGAGAAGACGCACGACAUCGUCUACGGCAUCAUGAUGCCGCUCUACUGCAUCAUCAGCGGGUUGAAGACAGACUUGACGCUCAUCCACCGAAACAACGCACAGGCGGCCGCCAUUAUCAUUCUAGUCUCUGUUCUCGGCGCCGUCGCUAAGAUCGUCGGCAUCUUCAUCGUCUCCGGCAUGUACACCAUGACAUUGCGCGACGGGCUCACGCUCGGCUUCCUGUUGAACUCCAGAGGCCUCAUCGAGUUGCUCAUCCUCAACAUCGGCCGCAUCAAGCAACUGGUCGACGAGCAGUCGUUCUCCGUGAUGGUGGUGAUGUCGGUGGUCAUGACGGUGGUGACGACGCCGGUGGCGUCGUACCUGCAGCGCCCGCUGAGGAGAAUCGUCGGCUACAAGCGACGAAACCUUCAGAGGUCGAAGCCGGACAUGGAGCUUCGGGUGCUCGCCUGCGUUCACAACACCCGGAACGUGCCGUCCAUCAUCACGCUCCUCGACGUCACCUGCCCCACCAAGCGCUCGCCCAUCUUCGUCUACGUCGUCCACCUCAUCGAGCUCGCCGGCCGCACCUCCACCAUGCUCAUCGUCCACAGCUCCGACCACCUUCACCAGAGGCCGACGACGGGGGCCUCCGGCCCACAGGGGCAGGGCAACCACAUCUUCCACGCCUUCGACAAGUACGAAAGGCAGACCGGCGGCGUGUCGGUGCAGACGCUGAGCAUCAUCUCGCCGUAUUCGAGCAUGCACGAGGACAUCUGCAGCCUGGCGGAGGACAAACACGUCACCAUCAUCAUCAUCCCCUUCCACAAGCAGCAGACCGUCGACGGCGGGCUGGAGCCCAUCAAUCCCAACCUCAAGAUCAUGAAUGAGAACGUCCUCGCCAACUCGCCCUGCUCGGUGGGGAUCCUGAUCGACCGCGGGCUCAGCAGCAAGAGCCGCCAUGCUUCUGAGGACCACCACCUCUCCCGCCGCAUCGCUCUGCUCUUCUUCGGCGGAACCGACGACAGGGAGGCGCUCGCCUACUGCUGGCGCGCCGUCGAGAACCCCUCCAUCGGCCUCACCGUCGUGCGCUUCGUCCCGGUGCAUGAGCCAUCGCCUCCGCCGUCGGCGCUCGAAUUGCAGGAGGCGAAGCUGGACGACGAUUACUUGAACGAAUUCCGAGUGCGGAACGCGAGCAACGACUCGGUGGUGUACGUCGACCAAGUCACGAGCAGCACCGAGGAGACGGUGGCCGCCAUCCGGGCGAUGGGGGACACGCACGACCUGUACGUGGUGGGGCGGAGCCAAUCGGAGGCGGCGACGUCACUCACGGCGGGGCUGACGGAGUGGGCCGAGUGCCCGGAGUUGGGCCCCAUCGGGGACUUGUUGGCCUCGUCGGACUUCGCCAUGUCAGUCUCCGUGUUGGUGGUGCAUCAGUACGUCGGAACGAUACCAGGGGUGCCGCCGCCCGGCCCAGCUGCAGGCGACGACGGCGAGCAGCGGUUCAUGAACCACGUCAACCCCAAGGCGUCCUUCGCAGCGACGACAUAG